UUGCUUCGAACGGACGUCCCCAAGAACGCCCCGCACGCCACGCCCCACCCGCCAGGCUUGGCCAAACGCGCGACUGCAUUGCACAGCAAUAUCAGGAGCGAACUCUGAUCAGAUAUUGAUGGGAUGCGAGAUCGAGUUGGAGAUUGCUGCCGCUGCCCGCUGCCCGCUGCCCUCCAAUCGGAAUCCACUUGCACUCCGCCUCGAAACCGCGCGCGUUUUCCGCCGCGCCGAUCGUUAAAAAUUCAUUAAGGCUUGUUAAUCGCCGCCAAUAAUACAAAUAAUACAAAUAAUCCGAGUAAUCGCAUUGAUUGCCCAUGAUUGAUACUCGCCGCGUGUGUCAGAGUGAGUGCCUGUGAGUGAGUGCGACCGCAUCCGCCGGUAAAUGUGCGCGGCCAGGGAAUCGGAUCUGGAUCUUCCGCAGACUUGAUGCCGACGAGCUGAAGACGUAGCUCCAGUCCGCAGCUGGACUCGAAAUGUCACGACGCAAACAGUCCAACCCCAAGCCGUUGAAUAAAGGUGAUUGUUCCGAUACCACAGAAGAGAUGACCGUCGACAGCAGAGAUUCCAAAGAUCUGACCGCUCAGGAGAUGGGCGAGGAGAAGCAGCAGCAAAUGGAGAAUCAACUAGCGGACCAGACGGAGGACUCCAGAGACCCCCAGGAGAACAACAACAACAAUAACAAUAUUGAUGACGACGAUGAAGAUGGUGACUUUGAGCAGCCACAAGAGACUAAUCCCGAGCAGGAUCAGGACUUGGGUGAGACGGAGAUGGAGCAGGACCACGAUCCUCAGCCGGAGGAGCAGAUCGAACUGCCUGCCAACAGCCCCAGCACUCCGCCCAGGAGUCCCUGCUCGCCGCAGCUGAUUCCCAAACUGGAGCAGCCCGCCACGCCGCCCUCGGAGGCGGAACCCUCUCCGUGUCCCUCGCCCUGUCCCCCCACGCCCACGCCCCAGAUCCCCAAGGUUCGUCUGAAUGCACUCUUGGCCUCGGAUCCUGCUCUCAAGCCAGACGCAAAGGAGCUGACGCUGCCGGACUCACGGCUGCUGGCUCCUCCGCCGCUCGUCAAGCCGGAAGCCCAAGCCCAACCGGAGGAACCCCAUCUGAAGCCAGCCAGAUUCAUGUGCCUGCCCUGCGGAAUCGCCUUCAGCUCGCCCUCCACGCUGGAAGCCCAUCAGGCCUACUAUUGCUCUCAUAGGAUUAAGGACACGGAUGAGGCGGGCAGUGAUAAAUCCGGAGCAGGAGGAUCUGCCGCAGCGGCUGGCGAAGGAGCGGGACUAUCCGGAGGCACUGCCGAGCCACCAGCCAAAAUGGCCAGGACAGGAAAGCAAUACGGCUGCUCCCAGUGCUCCUACAGCGCGGACAAGAAGGUGUCCCUGAAUCGCCACAUGCGGAUGCACCAGACCUCGCCGGCGGCUCCAACCCUGGCCAGUUUGCCAAGUCUCCUCCAGAACGGAAUACCACCGCCGGGUGUUACGCCCAGCUCACUGGAGGAUAGCUCUAGUCAAUCGCAUCCCCUCCAGCAGCAAACAGAUCGCUACUGCAGCCACUGUGAUAUCCGGUUCAACAACAUCAAGACCUAUCGGGCGCACAAGCAGCACUACUGCAGCUCCCGGCGACCGGAGGGACAGCUCACGCCCAAACCAGAUGCCUCUCCGGGCUUGGGAUCAGGCGGACCCGGUUCCACCGGACCCGGAGGCUCUGCCGGAGUGUCUGCCCAGGCAGCGGCGCCCGGCAAGCUGAGUCCACAGGCCAGGAACAAGACGCCCACUCCGGCGAUGGUCGCUGUGGCGGCUGCAGCGGCGGCGGCGGCUGCCUCCCUCCAGGCCACGCCCCAUCCGCACCCACCCUUCCUGGCACUGCCCACGCACCCGAUCAUCAUUGUGCCCUGCUCGCUGAUCCGGGCGGCCAGCUUUAUUCCGGGACCACUGCCCACACCGAGCUCGGGGAUUGUAAAUCCAGAGACCACCUGCUUCACCGUGGACAAUGGAACGAUUAAGCCCCUGGCCACUGCCCUCAUGGGCGCCUCUUUGGAGCCCGAACGUCCCUCAGCUCCCUCCUCGGCUGCUGAGGCCACAGAGCCGAAGAGCAGUCCACCGGAACCCAAGCGAAAGGAGGCGGGAGGAAGUCGCGAAUCUGCGCCUUUGGAUCUCUCGUUGCGUCGAUCGCCCAUCUCCCUGAAUUCCCUGAGCUUGCGACAGCGUCAACUUCGCAAUGUGCUGCUCGACGUGGAGGAAGUGCUGCUCGCCGGCGGAGGGGGAAGUGCCAAGGACAACGCGGAUGCUCCGCGAGGAGGAGGAAGUGUGACGCCCGAGCAGAUAGUGUGCGCCCCCUCCCUGCCGAGCAGUCCUUCGAUGAGCCCCUCGCCCAAGCGACGAGCCAUCAGUCCUCGCAGCUCUGGGGCUGGCAGUGCCUCCUCCAUGUCGCCACCUGGUCUCAAUGUGGCUGUGCCCCACAUGCUCGACAUGCGCUCCAUGCUGCCGGCGGACUUUGGGCUCUCCGAAUCGCUGUUGGCCAAAAGCAAUCCGGAGUUGGCUCUCAAACUAGCUGCGGCAGCAGCAGCAGCGGCUGCUGUGGCGGGCAGCAGUGGAGCAGCAGCCUUCCCGCCAUCACCCCUUCCUGCCCAGGCAAGCGGCGGAAAUCCCGGCGGUGGAGGAGCAGCAGGUGGCGCCCAGCAGCCGCAAAUCUACGUGAAGAAGGGCGUGUCCAAGUGCAUGGAGUGCAAUAUUGUAUUUUGCAAGUAUGAGAACUACUUGGCCCACAAGCAACACUACUGCUCGGCGCGGAGUCAGGAGGGAGCGGGUGAAGUGGAUGUCAAGUCGGCCGUUUCGCCAUCCAACCCUGGAGCUGGAGGACUGGGAGCUGGCGGGGCAGAGGCAGCUUCGUCUGUGGAAACCACUCCGGUGGCCUAUCAACAGCUGAUCUGCGCCGCUUGUGGCAUUAAGUACACCUCGCUGGACAACCUGCGAGCCCACCAGAACUACUACUGCCCCAAGGGAGGAGCCGCUGCUGCCACCGCCGCGACGCCCUCAGAUCCCGGCCAACUGGCCCUGGUCAAGGAGAAGUGCGGAAAGUGCAAGACCCUGCACGAGAUCGGCCUGCCCUGUCCUCCGCCCGUCACAAAUCCCCUCGCAGCACCCACCACCAAUUCCCAGCCCGCCUCCAACAGCCUGAACAAGUGUCCUGUGUGCGGCGUAGUGAGUCCCACGGCGGCGCUGGCCAAGAAGCACAUGGAGAUGCACGGCACGGUGAAGGCCUACCGGUGCAGCAUCUGCCAGUACAAGGGGAACACCCUGCGCGGCAUGCGCACCCACAUUCGCACCCAUUUCGACAAGAAGACCAGCGACGUGAACGAAGAGCACUACAUGACCUGCAUCUUCGAGGAGGAGGGUUCCACGCUGCCCCAAGAGCUGUCUCCUGCAUCGGCAGCAUCAGCAGCUCCGGAUCCGCAUUCCAUGGACCAUCCCUCGCAGAUGUUCAACUGCGAUUACUGCAACUACGUCUCCACCUACAAGGGCAAUGUGCUGCGCCACAUGAAGCUGAUGCAUCCGCAUGUGGCCAUCAGCUCCCCUUCGAUUUCCCCCGACACCAGGGAUCAGGAUGUGACCUCGAACCCCACUCCCAUCCAACUCUCGAAUUCAGAUGGUUCCAACGGCGAGGCAGCCAGCUUCCACAUCAAGUCGGAGCCCCUAGAUCCUCCGCCGACGCUGAGCCUGGUGCACGAGAACAACAACUCCCCGAUUCCGACGCCGCACAUCAAGGCUGAGCCAAUGGAGAUCGGCGCGGAUGUGGCGCCCGGUGGUCUGGUUCCGCCGAUGGCUUCUCCGCUGGGGAACAGCAGCGUGGCCGCCGCAGCAGCCGCCGUCGCCGCCGCCGAGGUGAUGAAGAAGUACUGCUCCACCUGCGACAUAUCCUUCAACUACGUGAAGACCUACCUGGCCCACAAGCAGUUCUACUGCAAGAACAAGCCGAUUCGUCCGGAGGCGAGCGACAGCCCCAGUCCGAAUCACCUGGGCGGGGGCGUGGCCUCGGGCCUGGGCAUCGGCGGCAUCGUGAGUGGCCAUGGCCAGCAGAAGAACAAGGAGAACCUGCAGGAGGCGGCCAUUUGAGAGAGCCGGCUGCGGUGGGAGGCGCAGCGCAAGCAGCUGGAGUGGUAUUACACCUGCUUCUGAGCGGCGGCGACCGAACCUAAUCGAAUCCUAGCAUAGUCUCCUACUUCACACCUAUACAAUUCGCAACCUGUAAUCGACGACAGUAUUCCCGGAGAAUCUCCCUGUCGCUGCCCUCCACUUCCAAACGCCACUUGGGGACUGACUCCUUCGACACACCGAUCGAUAGCAGUAUAUAUACACAACGUACACGCAUAUAUAGUAUACCUAAAGACAUAAAUACAUAGAUUACCUAGAGAUAUGUAGGACGCAACCCAUGAAGUGGGAACCAUGACAUAUAAUGCAUGCCAAAGCUUACCACUUAGACAGAAACUAGAUCGAGGGCGAGAAACUACAAGUUUGCAAUGGACGGCGGAGAAGAAGGAGGCGAAGUAUUCCUAUGUAGAUCCAAUAUUAUAUGUAAAUGGCUCGCUGUCCCCCGCAAAAGCGAGCGAUUCCAACUGUGUAAUUUAACUGAGUACUUUAUUUAUAAGUGUGUGCGACAAUAAAAGUAAUUAAUUUAUUCAACAA